AUGGCGAACGCCUCCGCCUUUGUCGUCUACAACGACCGCGUGAAGACGCUCUUCGGCCCCGCGCCGACGCUCGAGCUGCUGCAUGAGAACCAGGACUACCCGUUCGCCCACGAGGCGGGCGUCUUCAUCGAGCGCAACAACACGCUCUUCGUCACGAGCAACCAGUUCAGCGACCACACCGCCGGCGGCCGCAAGAUCCAGAUAUGCCGCGUCACCCUGCCGCCGCCCGACGGGGUCACCAAGGCGCAGUGCGAGGAGAUCCACCCGGCCAUCAUCACCAUGGCCAACGGCGGCGUCAACUACCUCGACGGCAUCGUCUUCUGCGCCCAGGGGACCAUGGACUCGCCGGGCGGGCUCGUCUUCAUGGAGGCGGAGCCGCCGUACCAGACGCGCAUGAUGGUCAACUCGUUCCACGGCCGCGAGUUCAACUCGCUCAACGACGUCGUCGGCCACAGCGACGGGUCGCUCUGGUUCACCGACCCCAUCUACGGCUACGAACAGGGCAUCCGGCCCCGGCCCAAGCUGCCGAAUCAGGUCUACAGAUACGACCCGAUCCACGGCUCCAUCAGAGCGAUGGCGGACGGGUUUGGGAGGCCCAACGGCAUCUGCUUCAGCCCCGACGAGAAGGUGGUCUACAUCACCGACACCGACUGGAUCCACGGCGACGGGUCAACCGACCUCACAAGGGCAUCGACCAUCUACGCUUUCGACGUGGUCUCGUACUCGGGAGAGCCCUUCCUGACGAACAGGAGGCUCUUCGCCAUGGCCUCCGAGGGGAUCCCGGACGGCAUCAAGUGCGACGUGCACGGCAACGUCUACAGCGGCUGCGGCGACGGCCUCAACAUCUGGUCGCCCGGCGGCGUGCUGCUGGGCAAGAUCCUCGUCCAGGGCGGCGCCGCCAACUUCUGCUUCGGGCGCAACGGGGAGGUCUUCAUCCUGAACGAGAACCGGCUCUGGAGGGCCAAGCUGGCUGACGAGACAAAGGGGGCGUUGCUGUGUAUCUAA